AUGAAAAGAUUUUACGAGUACCCUGUGCGCCGAACAUGGCCUGUUUGGGCGUUUGAUGUAUCUAAGCAGGUCAUUGGAGCGUUCGGGGUUCAUGUGUUCAACGUGCUACUAUCAAUCAUCAAGACGCUGCCUGAGGAGUGGGUAAAAGCCACAGAAGGUGAAGAUUCAGGCGAUCCGUGUGACUGGUAUUUUUUGAGCAUUGUGUUUGACUGCACCAUUGGCGUUUAUGUACUCUACCUCGUGUUCCGCUGCUUCAACUGGUUCUGUAAAACACACCUUGGCAUGACGCAAAUUGAUUCGGGCCAAUAUGGGCCUGAUCCUCACCACCCUAGCAGAAGGGCAUACAUCAAGCAGCUUGGAAUCUAUUUCGGGGCAUUGAUGGUGACCAAGUUCAUCCUCUAUGGACUUGUGGAGUGCUUCGAGACGCAGCUCUUGUGGAUCACGAGUAAGAUUCUAUUGGCAUGGCUCGAUGAAUAUCCGAACGAGUUUGAGAUCUUCGUGGUGAUGUUCCUCGUGCCUAUAGUGAUGAAUUGCCUUCAGUUGGUAUUGAUCGACAACUUCAUUCAAAACCAGGUGAUGAAAAGAACGAACGCAAUACGACAUAGAAGGAUCAGUUUCGGUGGGAAUCUCAAUGAGAAUGAUGAUGAUGAGUCUGAGGCUCUUUUGCCUAAGAGCUCGCCACUAGAGGAAGUCUCCGAUGCUCAGUAUGGGUCUACAACUCGAAUGGUGUAG